CGCGGGUCAGUUGGCAGUGGGCAGCAUAGCGGCGUGAUGGGGGGAUUCGCUGUCCUGUGGCUCUACUUUGUGGCUCAGGUGCUCGUUGGCCACACAGAUCACGAAUAAUGGAAUAAUGAAGAACGGUUGGCAACACAACAUUGGAAAGGUUCGGGCCCUCGACCAUCGGGAAGAUCCUCCCUCCCCAUUCCCCAGUCUAACGGCGGAAGUUCAGACAAUGGUGCCGCUCCAAGUGCUUCUGUCACUGCUUGUGUUCACCGCAGGAGCAGAGGCUGGGACCUUUAUAUUCCCCGGCCAACUGGACCAUGCCGAAGGUGACGCCUGCAGAACGAACACUGGCGGCUCGGGGACGUGUUCCCGAACAUGCGAACACUCGCCCAGCCUCGGAGAACCACGCAAGUGCGGCAUAAAGGAUUCCAGGUUCCUCCUCUGCUGCGACGCAAACCCCGGUAACGAUCCCCGGCUUGUUCAGGACAUCGCUUCGCCGCGCGUCGCAUUCCAAUGCGGAAUAAAUAAGAAAAAUGAGUUCGUCUUAAAAUUUAGCUUUACAGAUGAGGGCGACAAAAUUUAUGUUGAACCCCAAGAUAUCAACCCUGUCAAAAAACAUAACGAGACUAUAAGGUUAGAAAAUGGCACAGAAGUUGUACAAGAAUUUGCAGUGGCAGGAGUGGGAGCCGAGCGUGCAGAGAGGAACGCCUGGCCCUGGAUGGCAUUGAUUGGUGAGCGAGACGGCGGGGUCAUCAACUGGUUCUGUGGAGGAGUGUUGCUCAACGACCAGUGGGUUCUUUCCGCACAACACUGCUUCUAUAAUCACAAUGCCGAGGUUGUUCGUCUUGGUGAACAUAAUUACAAAGAUGACAACGACGGGGCGGCUCACGAAGACUUUGCUGUGGUGGAGAUGGUGCCUUACCCUGACCAUAGGCGCCCAGAGGCUUACCACGACCUGGCCCUCCUCAGGCUGGCUUCCAGGGUCACCUUGAAGAAAUUCAUCAGCCCCAUCUGCCUCGCCUGGGGGUUGGAGAGCGAGGUGGACAUAACGGAUCAGAAGGCGACGCUCACGGGCUAUGGCGACACUCAAUUCGGUGGGUAUCCCACCUCCUAUUUACAGGAACUCAACGUGACGGUGUUUCCGCCUGCCCAGUGUGACAGCAGCUACUCCACCCUGCCACACUACACUAGAAACUGGCCUCAAGGCAUCGGACAGGAGACCCUGUGUGCCGGAGACCCUGCUGGAGGUCGCGACGCAUGCCAGGGUGACUCCGGCGGGCCACUGAUGUCUCUGGACACCCGUGGGUACUUUGUGCUGGCAGGCAUCGUAUCGCGAGGCUACGGCUGUGGACACAAGGAUUACCCCGGCUUGUACGCCAACCUACGUCACCCGCCCUACCUCGACUGGAUCAAGAAGGUCGCGUUCGCCAUGCCAUGAAAGUUCUGCAGGGAUGAGGUGUUAAAAACGUAUGCUGGAGAAAAAAAACAGUAAUAAAUAAAGGAGUUUUCA